GAUAGCUGGCUGGCUGGGGCGUGCGGGCAGAACCCUCCGGAGUGUGCGACAGCCGCCGGGGCUGUAGUAAGAAGCGGGGAGGGGUGCGGAUGUAAACAUUGGACAAUGGCCCCUUUAGACACUGAUACAACAGCAAUCUAGCAAUGGAACAAAGAAAAAAUGACAGUUUUGUCCCAAGUAUCACACAACUGGAACACUUUUUGACAGAACACGACUCCAAUGUUGUUUGGCUAUUAGUGGCUACAAUCUUGUCUUGUGGAUGGAUUAUCUACCUAACUUAUUAUAAUUCCCGAAAUGUUGGACUUAUUUUAACAUUGGUUCUGAACAGAUUAUAUAAACAUGGCUACAUCCAUAUUGGUUCCUUUUCAUUCUCUGUCCUAUCCGGAAAAGUCAUGGUUCGUGAAAUCUAUUACAUUACAGAAGACAUGUCUAUCAGAAUCCAAGAUGGAUUUAUUAUAUUUCGCUGGUGGAAAAUGUACAAUCCAAAGCAGAAACAACAUGAUCCAAAAGCAGAAACCAGACUGUAUAUCAUGGUGAAUGACUUUGAAUUUCACGUCUACAACCGCUCUGCCCUUUAUGGACAACUUCAGGAAUUAUUUGGUCUAGAUCCAACAAUAAUUCCAGCAAGGAAAGAGGAUGAAAAAGCACAAGAAAAUGGAAGACACACAAGGCACUCCAAUCUUGAAAGUGUUAAAGUAAAAACAGAAUCUCAAGACCCUUCCUCUUCAUGGAGAUCCCUUAUUCCUGUAAUCAAAGUCAAUGUUAGCACAGGUCGCUUGGCAUUUGGGAAUCAUUAUCAGCCACAAACACUCUGCAUUAACUUUGAUGAUGCUUUCUUAACAUACACCACGAAACCACCUUCAAGUCACCUUGACCAGUUUAUGCACAUUUUGAAGGGAAAACUGGAAAAUGUCAGAGUCAUGUUAGUUCCCAGUCCAAGAUACGUUGGUCUUCAAACUGAUGAGCCACCAAGGUUAAUGGGAGAAGGCUUUGUUGUAAUGCAGUCCAAUGAUGUUGACAUCUAUUAUUACAUGGAUGAACCAGGUCUUGUACCAGAGGAGACAGAGGAAAAUAAUGAUGGAGAAACAAGCGAUGAAGACAGUAAACUGCAAGACCUGCCUCCAUGUUGGGGAUUAGACAUUGUAUGUGGGAAAGGAACAGAUUUCAACUAUGGACCGUGGGCUGACAGGCAAAGGGACUGUUUGUGGAAAUUUUUUUUCCCCCCAGAUUACCAGGUUAUGAAAGUCUCAGAAAUUGCACAACCUGGCAAGCCAAGACAGAUCCUUGCUUUUGAGUUGCGGAUGAAUAUCAUUGCAGAUGCCACUAUUGACUUGCUGUUUACCAAAAACAGGGAAACCAAUGCUGUACAUGUAAACGUUGGAGCAGGCUCGUAUUUGGAAAUAAAUAUUCCUGUGACAAUCAGUGAAAAUGGCUACUCCCCUGCAAUUAAAGGACAGCUUUUACACGUCGAUGCCACCAGCAGUAUGCAGUACCGAACUCUUCUAGAAGCAGAAAUGUUAGCUUUUCAUAUUAAUGCCAACUAUCCCCGGAUAUGGAACAUGCCGCAGACAUGGCAAUGUGAAGUUGAGGUUUAUAAAGCAACCUAUCACUUUAUCUUUGCUCAAAAAAACUUCUUUGCAGAUUUGGUUCAAGACUGGUCUAGUGAUAGUGCUCCUGAUAUUUUCUCAUUUGUUCCCUACAUAUGGAAUUUUAAAGUAAUGUUUCAUCAAUUUGAAAUGAUUUGGGCAGCAAAUCAACACAACUGGAUUGACUGUUCCACCAAACAGCAGGAAAAUGUUUAUCUGGCAGCCUGUGGGGAAACUUUAAACAUUAUUUUCUCUCUGCCUUUCACUGACUUUGUUCCAACCACAUGCAAUACUAGGUUCUCUUUAAGGGGAGAAGAUGUCGAUCUUCAUUUAUUUCUACCAGAUUGCCAUCCUAGUAAAUAUUCUCUUUUUAUGUUGGUGAAAGAUUGUCAUCCUAAUAAAAUAAGUCCUGAAUCCUGUAUUUCGGCUGAAUGUCAAAGUGGUCAAAAAACAGGCAAGCCCAGGUGGAGGAAUAUUACUCAAGAAGAGGCUGGAUGGGUUGAAUGCUGGACUGUACCAAGUGUUACAUUCACAAUUGACUACACUUGGCAUCCAAUUUAUCCACAGAAGGCAGAUGAACAGUUGAAGCAAUCAUUGUCAGAAAUGGAAGAAACUAUGUUAUCUGUACUAAGGCCAUCACAGAAGACAGCCGAUAGAAUCAUUUCCUCUCACACAGCCUCAGCUCGCCUUCCUGUUGAUCCCUCAGAACUUCCACCUGAUAAGCUACAUGUGGAACUAGAAGUCUCUCCAGAUUCUCAGAUAACCCUGUAUGGACCUCUACUAAACGCCUUUCUGUUUAUAAAGGAAAAUUACUUUGGAGAAGAUGACAUGUACACAGAUUUUGAAGAAGUCAUUUCAAGCCCUGUCCUAUCAAUGUCAACAUCUUCAAGCUCUGGGUGGACAGCAGUUGGAUUGGAGAAUGACAAAAAGGGAAUUGAGAGUUCAGCCAAACCAGUUCAUCCCCUAACCUUGCGCCCUUGGGACAUUACUGUACUUGUUAAUGUGUACAAAGUGCAUGGACGGCUACCAGUGCACGGCAGCACGGAUGGUCCUGAAUGCCCUACUGCUUUCUUGGAAAGAUUGUGUUUUGAGAUGAAAAAAGGAUUUAGGGAGACCAUGCUGCAACUUGUACUAUCCCCACUGAAUUUAUUCUUGAAUGACAACUAUCAGCGACCCUCUGUGGAUGAACUACUUAGAGAGGGCCAUAUCAGUCUGUCAGGUCUGCAGCUACGAGCUCAUGCUAUGUUUUCAGCAGAAGGUCUGCCGGUGGGAAGUGAUACUUUAGAAUAUGCCUGGCUGAUCGAUGUGCAGGCUGGCUGCCUUACAGCUAAGGUUACAGCACCACAGCUUACUUAUCUUCUGGAAUGGGGACAGAUGUUUAUGUUUCAUGUAAUGUGUCGAGAGUUUGAACUGGAAAGGCCAAAAUCUGUAAUAAUGUGUCAGCAUGGAAUUGAUCGUCGGUUUUGUGAAUCUAAGAUGAACUGUGUUCCUGGGCCAUGUCCAACAUCUGAUGAUUUAAAGUACACUAUGACACGCCUUGCAGUAGAUGGAGCAGAUCUGUAUGUUGUAGAGCAUGGUUGUGCCACCAAUAUAAAGAUGGGUGCUGUACGUAUUGCAAACUGUAACCUCCACAAUCAGUUUGUUGGAGAGGGUGUAAGUGCUGCUAUCCAAGACUUUCAACUGAGACAGUACAUUGAGCAGGUGAAUAACUGCAGAGUUGGUCUUCAACCUGCAAUACUGCGAAGGGCAUACUGGCUGGAAGCUGGGUCUGUCAAUUUGGGACUCAUCACUGCUGAUAUUGCCUUAGCUGGGGAUCAUCAUUCUAAACAUGAAGUGCAGAGACAUUUCUUAGAAACACAUGAUAGCAGAGUUAAGAGGUUGUGGUUUUUGUGGCCGGAUGAUAAUGUGAAGAACAAGAGAAGCAAGAACAAGUGUGGAUGUCUUGGUGGCUGCCGAUUCUUUGGUGGCACCAUAAUAGGACUAGACUUCUUCAAGCUUGAAGAGAUGACGCCUUCAAGCAGCUCUGCCUUUUCAAGUACAAGUGCAGAAUCUGAUAUGUUUUAUGGACAGUCUUUAUUGCAGCCAGGAGAAUGGAUUAUUACCAAGGAGAUGCCCAAAAUUAUAGAUAGUAAGACAAAUGGUGUAAAAAGAAAAGAUUGGGAUUGCAGAUCUGUGGGUAUAGAAAUAGAGAGAAAGGCCCAGCACCUGAGUCUGCAAGUACCAUUGCGAUCCCAUAGCUCCUCCUCAUCUUCAGAGGAAAACAGCAGUUCCAGUGCUGCACUUCCCUUGCUUGCAGGUGAGAAGGAAAGCCCUUCUUCUGCUACUGAAGAUCACAUGGGACAAAAGGAGUUUGUGUCUGGCGCAAAAAGAGAGGAUGGUCAUGGAAGUACUCCAGGAGAAGUUUCAGGAAGCAGUCCUGUGUCUCCUAACAACCAAGAAAGGUCUGUAGGACAGUCUCCCCUCAGGUCUCCUUUGAAACGGCAAGCAUCUGUGUGUUCUACCCGACUUGGGAGCACCAAGAGUCUUACUGCAGCAUUCUGUGGUGACAAGCAGCCUGUUCCAGUUGGUGUUCAGUUCAGUAGUGAUGUCUCUCGCAGUGAUGAGAAUGUCUUGGACUCUCCAAAGCAGAGGAGAAGCUUUGGUUCUUUUCCAUACACGCCAUCUGCAGAUUCAAAUUCAUUUCACCAGUAUCGCUCAAUGGACUCUAGCAUGUCAGUGGCUGAUAGUGAAGCCUAUUUUUCAGCAGCUGAAGAGUUUGAACCAAUAAGCAGUGAUGAAGGUCCAGGAACCUAUCCAGGGAGGAAAAGGAGAAAAAAGCAAGCCCAGCAAAUCGAGUAUAGUAGAGGGUCAAUCUAUCACAGUGUAGAAGGACCUCUAACUAGUACAGUCCAUGGAGAAGCCAGUCAAGAUCCAAAGACUUUGCCAAUAAAGACUCAUGCUUCACAGGCUUCAUUUGUUUCAGCAGUGGGAGGAGAAGAUGAACUUGUUGAGCACAUGAAUAUCAUGGAAGCUGAGAAGGCUGUAGAAAGUGAUCAGAUAACUUCCCAACAGCCUAUAAUGACCUGCUACCAAAGUUACCUUACCCAGUUUCAGGUGGUCAACUGGUCAGUAAAGCAUCCAACAAACAAAAGAACCUCAAAAUCUUCCUUACAUCGGCCUUUAGACCUUGAUACCCCAACUAGUGAGGAAAGCUCCUCGUCUUUCGAUCAUCUUUCUGUUCCAACUUUUAAGAUUGUUAAACAGGGUCUCACAGCUAAUGCUUUGCUGGACAGAGGCAUGCAGCUUACAGGAUCAUCAUCCAAUACACCCUAUACUCCUUUGGAAAAGAAAACAAUGGAUAAUACAGAUGAUGAAACAAUCACAGAAGAAUGGACCCUUGAUCAUCCGGUCUCCCAGACUAGAACAACAGCAAUAGUGGAAGUAAAAGGAACUGUAGAUGUUGUUCUUACUCCUCUGGUAGCAGAAGCUUUAGACAGGUAUAUAGAAGCAAUGGUACAUUGUGCUAGCACUCAACACCCAGCAGCAAUUGUGGAUGAUCUACAUUAUAAGGUCCUCAGAGAAGCUGUACAGAACAGCAAAACAACCUUUUCAGAGAAUUUAUCUUCCAAACAGGAUGUUAGAGGAACAAAAACAGAGAACCCUGCUACAGGAACAACAAACCAAGGACAGGCACAAACUAAUCUUUCACUUAAGCAAGAUAAUGUGAAAAUUAAAGGUCUUCAGGCCAAUGUUACCAUACCCAAGGUAAACUUGUGUUUAUUGCAAGCAUCGGUUGAAGAAACCCCAGGCAUUGCUUCUGGCAAAACUGUGACUCAUGUUUCCUUAGUAUCUUUGUGUUUUGAUAGAAUUGCUACACAAGUUCGUAUGAACAGGGGUGUGAUUGAAGAGACUUCAAACAAUGCAGAUACUGGGAGGAAUUCAGUAACAUUUGAUCGGUACAUCCAUUCCAGUAAAAUGCAGCCCCAGUCUUCUGGCUCACUGAGAUCAAAUGCUGGAGCAGAAAAAGGAAAAGAAAUUGCUGCCAAACUGAACAUUCAUCGUGUUCAUGGACAGCUUAGAGGCCUUGAUACAACAGACAUUGGGACUUGUGCAAUAACAGCGAUUCCUUUUGAGAAGUCAAAAGUUCUUUUUACUUUGGAAGAGUUGGAUGAGUUUACUUUUAUCGAUGAAACUGAUCAGCAAGCUGUUCCAGAUGUAACUCGAAUAGGUCCCAGCCAAGAGAGGUGGGGCUGGAUAAUGUUUGAAUGUGGAAUUGAAAAUUUAACAAUAAAAGGUGGAAGACAAUCUGGAGCUGUUUUAUAUAGUACUUUUGGAGUCAUGGGUAAAUCUAGUGCCACAGAGAGGGGUGGAUUACUUGCAUCCAACAAUUCUUCAGAUUCUCCAACUGGAAGUGGUUAUAAUACCGAUAUGUCUGAUGAUGAUAAUCUUCCUUGUGAUAGAAGUCCCUCUUCAGACAUAAAUGGAAAUUCAGUUUCAGAUGAACAGGAUGAAGGAGUUGAAUCUGAUGAUCUGAAAAAAGAUCUUCCUCUAAUGCCUCCCCCACCUGACUCCUGCAGCAUGAAGCUGACAAUCAAAGAAAUUUGGUUUAGUUUUGCAGCUCCCACUAAUGUGCGCUCUCCUGCCCAUAAAUUUUCAAGGCAACUGAACCUACUGAGCACUGCAACUCCUGCUGUUGGUGCGUGGCUUGUUCCCGUUGAUCAACUGAAGUCUUCAUUAAACAGAUUAGAAACUGAAGGAACUCUAAGGAUCUGUGCUGUCAUGGGCUGCAUAAUGACAGAGGCAUUAGAGAAUAAAAGUAUGCACUUCCCUUUGAGAAGCAAAUACAACAGACUGACUAAAGUGGCUCGUUUCCUACAAGAAAAUCCUUCCUGUUUGUUGUGUAAUAUACUGCAUCACUACCUUCAUCAGGCAAAUUAUUCCAUCAUUGAGGAUGCUACCAUGAGUGAUGGCCUUCCUGCAUUAGUGACUUUAAAGAAAGGUCUAGUUGCACUUGCUAGGCAGUGGAUGAAAUUCAUUGUGGUGACACCAGCUUUCAAAGGAGUUAGUUUACACAGACCAACUCAGCCGUUGAAACCACAGACAACUGCACACCAUGAGCAUGAGGAUGGAGUUGGAUUAGACAGUGGAGGUGGCCUUCAGAGUGACACAAGUGCUGAUGGAGCAGAGUUUGAGUUUGAUGCAGCUACAGUCAGUGAACACACAAUGCUCCUAGAAGGAAUAGCUAGCCGUCCUCCACCUGCUGGAGUUUCUUCUGGGCCUGUAACUGGGGCUGAGAUAAUGAGGAAAUUAUCCAAGACCCAUACUCACAAUGAUUCUGCUCUGAAAAUAAAGGGUAUACAUCCUUACCAGUCCUUGAGCUAUACUAGUGGAGACACAGCCACGGAUUCACCAGUGCAUGCUGGCCGUUCUGGAAUGCCAGUCAAGGAAAGUCCAAGAAAGGAGAGCCUACUCAGCUACCUUACCGGAAGUUUUCCUAGUUUGCAUAAUCUUCUUGAAGGGACUCCUCAAAGAAGUACUACAGCAGUUAAAAGUAGUUCUUUAACAAGAACAGGAAAUACCAUGGCCACAGACAUGUUAUCUGAACAUCCUUUAUUGUCUGAACCAUCAUCUGUGAGUUUCUAUAACUGGAUGUCAAAUGCUGUUGGCAACAGAGGAGGUGUAGUGCAAGAGUCUCCCAACACCAAAUCUGGACACAAUAGCCUUCCAACAGGUGUUGCACCCAAUCUUCCUACAAUACCUUCUGCUUCAGACUUCAAUACAGUUCUGUCGAGUGACCAGAACACUUUGGAUGGGACACAUUCUCAGCAUAGCACCAGUCAGGAUGACAUUGCAGGUGUAGAAGAGGGUAACCAGGGAUUUCCUGCUGUUCAACUUGCAGAUGCGCAGGUUGUUUUCAAACCUCUUCUGAGCCAUACAGGAAUUCAGUCUCAAGAUGCAGUGCCACUGUGCUAUAGAAUGUAUUUCGGAGAGUAUCUUUCAUUCUCAGGGACUUUGGACUGUCUCAGGGCAGACAUUGUUGAUUCAGAUACAACAAAAGAGAGAAAAAGCAAGAGAGCACGAAGGCAAGGAGCCGUCAAUCUUCCCCCACUUGAAUUCAAACCGGCAUUGAUGUUGGAAACUUUUAGCAUUAGUGCUGUUGUAAUGGAGAAGUCAAUGUGCACACCCCAAAACUCCACCAGUGCCCUUUCUUUUCAUGACCUGAACAAGCGUUACUAUAAUACUUUUCACUGUAAUUUUACAAUUUCCUGCCAGUCCAUAAGCCAGCACGUAGAUAUGGCUCUGGUUCGACUUAUUCAUCAAUUCAGUACAAUGAUAGACGAUAUUAAAGCCACACAGACGGACAUCAAACUUAGCAGAUACACUGCUGGGUCAGCCUCUCCAACACCUACCUUUAAAACCCGCAAACAUAGAGACUUUCGCUCUUCUGACUUUAGCCGCAGCUCCCGAGGAAGCAUCAAUGGAGGCAACAGAGUAAACAAUGCAAAGAACAAAAGAACCAAUAUUGAGAACAAUAAAAAAGAAUCUCGAAACAAGAAUUCUCUUGGGAGAUCAGAAAGAAGAACUUCUAAAGUAUCCAGGAAGGGUUCAAAAGAUGUAGUUGAUCACAUGACCAUUCAUAUGGAUGAUUCAGAUUCAAUUACAGUGUCAGAACAGAGUGAGCCAUCUGCAGAGUGCUGGCAAAAUAUGUAUAAACUGCUGAAUUUUUAUUCACUUAUCUCUGAUCCAACAGGGAUUUUAGAAAAAUCGUCUGAAACUUUUGGGCCAACAGGUGUUCGGAGCCCUACUGAACCUGCAUGUAGAGUUGUGUUUGAGAAUGAACAGGACAAUAGCAGCUUGAGCAAGACACAGAGGAAACGCAGUCUGGUUACUUCCGAACCUCAGCACGUGACUCUAAUAGUCUUUGGAAUAGGCAUGGUGAACCGCACGCACCUUGAAGCAGAUAUUGGUGGACUAACAAUGGAAUCGGAGCUGAAGAGGAUUCAUGGAAGUUUCACACUAAAAGAAAAAAUGAAAGAUGUUCUGCACCAAAAGAUGACUGAGACUUGUGCCACUGCUCAUAUAGGUGGUGUUAACAUUGUUCUGCUGGAGGGAAUUACACCAAAUAUCCAACUGGAGGAUUUUCCUACAUCUCCAACAAGUACAGCCAAACAAGAGUUUCUAACUGUAGUCAAAUGCAGUAUUGCCAAAUCACAAGCUCUUUAUAGUGCCCAAAGAGGAUUGAAAACAAAUAAUGCUGCAGUGUUGAAAGUGGGAGCUAUCAGCAUCAACAUUCCUCAACACCCUGCCACUCUACACAGCAUGAUGGUGCGCAGUUCUCACCAGCUUUCCAAACAGAUUUCAGAUCUCAUCAGGCAACCAUCAACAGCCCCACAGCCUGCAAAAGAAGAUGUUGCAACUCCAUUGCCCUCUGAAAAGACACCAACAAGUGUUAAUCAGACUCCAGUUGAAACGAAUGAAUUUCCACAACUGCCAGAAGGCUUAGAGAAGAAGCCCAUAGUUCUUAAAUUCAGUGCUAUGAUAGAUGGUAUAGCUAUUGGAGCAGCACUCUUGCCGUCUCUAAAAGCAGAAUAUAAGAUGGGAAGAAUGAGAAGUCAUGGAAUGACAGGUGCUCAAACAAGGUUUACAUUUGAACUUCCAAGUCAUAGAUUGCGGUUUACAUCAAAAGUUUCUGCCACUGAUAUGUCUACCAUUCCUCCUUCAGCAAGUCUUAAUCUUCCUCCUGUCACUAUGUCAGGCAAAUAUGUCAUGGAGGAACAUGACACCUAUUCAGAUCAAAUAUGGAGUAUAGAUGAGCUACCAACUAAACAGGGCUAUUAUCUACAAGGGAACUAUUUACGUUGCGUGGCUGAGGUUGGUUCCUUUGAACAUAAUCUUACAACUGAUCUUCUAAAUCAUUUAGUGUUUGUACAAAAAGUGUUCAUGAAGGAAGUCAACGAAGUCAUACAGAAAGUGUCAGGAGGGGAGCAGCCAAUUCCUCUUUGGAAUGAACAUGAUGGCACGACAGAUGGAGAGAAGCCUAAAAUUCUCCUGUACUCUUUGAGCCUACAAUUUAAGGGAAUUCAGGUGACAGCCACAACUCCAUCAAUGAGGGCCGUGAGAUUUGAAACUGGAUUGAUAGAACUUGAGCUCUCAAACCGAAUACAAACCAAAGCAAUGCCUGGAAGUACCAGCUACCUUAAACUGUUCGGUAAAUGCCAAGUGGAUCUGAAUCUGGCAUUGGGGCAAAUUGUUAAACAUCAGGUAUAUGAAGAAGCAGGUUCUGACUUCCAUCAAGUUGCUUAUUUUAAGACAAGAAUUGGAUUAAGAAAUGCUCUCAGAGAAGAAAUCAGUGGUUCAUCUGAUAGAGAGGCUGUGCUUAUUACUUUGAACAGGCCAAUUGUCUUUGCUCAGCCUGUGGCGUUUGACAGAGCUGUGCUGUUUUGGCUGAAUUACAAGGCUGCUUAUGACAACUGGAAUGAACAGAGGCUGGCUUUACAUAAGGAUAUUCACAUGGCUACAAAAGAAGUGGUGGACAUGUUACCUGGAAUCCAGCAAACAUCUGCCCAGGCUUUUGGGACACUUUUUCUUCAGCUAACUGUUAAUGAUUUGGGAAUUUGUCUGCCCAUCACAAAUGCACCACAGUCUAACCACACAGCAGAUCUUGACACUGGCUCUGCUUUAGUCCUGACCAUUGAAAGCACAUUAAUCACUGCCUGCUCUUCAGAGUCCCUGGUUAGCAAAGGACAUUAAAAUUUCUGUAUCCGUUUUGCUGAUGGUUUUGAGACGAGUUGGGAUGACUGGAAACCAGUACGAGGGGAUCUAGUCAUGAAUGCCUGUGUAGUGCCAGAUGGCACCUAUGAAGUCUGUUCAAGGACAGCAGGACAGGCAGCUGCAGAAAGCAAUAGUGCUGGAACCUGGACUCUCAAUGUAUGGAAGAUGUGCGGUAUUGAUGUCCACAUGGAUCCUAACAUUGAAAGAUUAAAUGCUUUGGGUAAUACCCUCACAACACUGACAGGAGAAGAAGAUGUUGAUGACAUUGCUGACCUCAAUUCUGUAAACAUAGUUGACCUAUCGGAUGAGGAUGAAGUUGAUACCAUGUCUCCCACUAUACAUGCAGAAACUGUUGAUUAUCGGCGACAGGGAGCAUCUGGUAGCCAAGCUGGCGAGCAGAGAGGAAGAAAAUUUGUGAAACGUUUAGUAGAUAUUAGGGAACUGAAUGAACAAGCCAAAGUAAUUGAUGACCUCAGAAAACUAGGUGCAAGUGAAGGAACUAUAAACCAAGAAAUCCAGCGUUAUCAACAAUUAGAGUCAGUAGCUGUGAAUGACAUUCGCCGAGAUGUCCGUAAAAAACUACGUAGGUCCAGCAUGAGGGCUGCUUCUCUGAAGGACAAAUGGGGCCUAGGUUACAAACCCAGCUAUAACCGAUCUAAAACAAUUUCAGCAUCUGGAAGACCACCUCUAAAAAGAAUGGACAGGGCAAGCUCUCGACUAGGAGACAGUGAAGAGCUCCCAGAAAUCCGUGUAGAUGCAGCAUCUCCUGGACCCAGAGUAACCUUCAACAUACAGGACCCUUUUCCAGAGGAGACAGAACUGGACCUUUUGUCAGUAACUGUUGAUGGUCCAUCCCAUUACUCAUCCGCUAGUGAAGGAUCAUGCUCAGUAUUCAGUUCACCCAAAACUCCAGUAGUCUUCUCACCAAGCAUUCCCUUCCAGCCUGAAGAGGGACGGCGGGAUGACAGUUUAUCUUCAACCAGUGAAGACUCUGAGAAGGAGGAAGACCAUGAGAGAGAGAAGGCUUAUUUUUACAGAAAACCACAGAAUACCACUCGUAAGAAAGCAACAGGCUUUGCUGCAGUUCACCAACUGUUUACUGACCGCUGGCCAACAACUCCUGGCAACAGAAAUGUGACUGGCACAACCACAGAGAGAAAUAUUGACUUUGAACUUGAUAUCAGAGUUGAAAUUGAUUGUGGAAAAUGUGUGCUGCAUCCAACAACGCUUCAGCAAGAGCAUGAUGAAAUCAGCUUAAGAAGAAGUUAUGAUCGGAGUUCCAGAAGUUUAGAUCAAGAGUCUCCUUCAAAAAAGAAGAAAUUUCAAACUAACUAUGCAUCUGCUACUCACUUACUUGCUGGCAAGAAAGUGCCGUCAUCUCUACAGACAAAGCCUAGUGACCUGGAAACUACAGUAUUUUACAUUCCUGGUGUAGAUGUAAAGUUACACUACAACUCUAAGACUUUGAAGACUGAAUCGCCAAAUGCCUCCCGGGGAUCCUCUUUGCCAAGAACCCUUUCCAAAGAGUCCAAGUUGUAUGGUAUGAAAGAUACUGCUACAUCUCCUUUAUCUAAUACUACCCACAGCAAGACUAAUACCUUACUUCUGCCCCAACCCCCACCCAUCCCAUCAGCCAAAGGGAAAGGAAGUGGUGGAAUAAAAACUGCAAAAUUGUAUGCAUGGGUUGCACUUCAGUCAUUGCCUGAGGAAAUGGUCAUUAGUCCGUGCCUACUCGACUUCCUAGAGAAGGCUCUGGAAACUAUUCCUAUUACACCAGUAGAGAGGAAUUAUGCAGCUGUCAGUUCACAAGAUGAAGACAUGGGACAGUUUGAAAUACAAGACGCCUUGGAGGAGUCCACAGCCUCACUAGUGUCAUCGUCAACAUCAGCAUACUCAUCCUUCCCUGUGGAUGUGGUGGUUUAUGUACGGGUUCAGCCUUCACAGAUCAAGUUCAGCUGCUUACCUGUCUCAAGAGUAGAAUGUAUGCUGAAGCUGCCCUCUCUAGACCUAGUAUUCUCUUCAAACCGAGGGGAACUGGAGACCUUAGGCACAACUUGCCCCACAGAAAACUUGGCAGUUGGAGGUAAUACUUCACAAACUGGAUCAAAGAACUCAGUUAAUAAAACUGGGAUACCAGGUUCAUCUGGACUAGGCAGCCCUCUUGGCAGAACCCGACAUAGCAGUAGCCAGUCAGAUUUGACUAGCUCUAGCAGCAACUCAUCAGGCCUGAGCUUCACAGCCUGCAUGUCUGAUUUCUCCCUUUAUGUAUUUCAUCCAUAUGGAGCAGGAAAACAAAAAUCUGCUGUUACUGGUCUGACUCCUGGAUCAGGAGCACUAGGUAAUGUAGAUGAGGAGCCCACUUCAGUCACUGGUCGGAAAGAUUCUCUGAGUAUUAACCUUGAGUUUGUGAAAGUAAGUCUCUCAAGAAUAAGACGUUCAGGAGGUGCUUCAUUUUUUGAGAGCCAGUCUGCAAGCAAAGCUGCAAGCAAGAUGGAUACUACAUUAAUAAAUAUAUCUGCUGUCUGUGAUAUAGGAUCUGCUUCUUUUAAAUAUGACAUGCGGCGACUCAGUGAGAUUCUGGCCUUCCCAAGAGCCUGGUAUAGGAGAAGUAUUGCCAGACGCCUUUUUCUAGGUGAUCAAACCAUAAAUCUACCAGCAUCAGGUCCUGGAACACCAGAUUCCAUUGACGGGGUAAGCCAGCAUCUUUCUCCUGAAUCGUCACGUAAAGCAUACUGUAGGACUUGGGAGCAGCCCUGCCAGUCUGCUUCAUUUACACACAUGGCACAGUCAUCCAAUGUUUUUAAUGAGCACAAUACAAACACCAGUAUGUCACCUGGGACAGCAAAUCAUAAUUUAAAAUCUCCGGCUGUUGCACGAUCUCGGAGUGUAUCUGAUUCUUCAGUUCCCCACAGAGAUACACUCUCGAAAACAUCAACACCAUUUAAUAAAUCAAAUAAAGCUGGAAGUCAGCAGGGGACACCAUGGGAAACUCUGGUUGUGUUUGCUAUGAAUUUGAAACAAUUAAAUGUCCAAAUGAAUAUGAGCAAUGUAAUGGGCAAUACUACGUGGACUACCAGUGGUUUGAAAAGCCAAGGACGUUUAUCUGUAGGUAGUAACAGAGACCGUGAAAUUAGCAUGUCUGUUGGUCUGGGAAGAUCCCAGCUGGAUUCCAGAGGAGGUGUGGUUGGAGGUACCAUAGAUGUCAAUACCUUGGAGAUGGUGGCUCAUAUUUCUGAACAUCCAAACCAGCAACCCAGUCACAAAAUUCAGAUUACUUUGGGUUCUACAGAAGCACGUGUUGACUAUAUGGGAUCCAGUAUCCUUAUGGGAAUCUUCAGUAAUGCAGAUCUUAAACUGCAGGAUGAAUGGAAAGUUAAUCUAUAUAAUACCUUGGAUUCUAGUAUUUCUGAUAAAAGUGAGAUAUUUGUCCAUGGAGACUUGAAGUGGGAUAUCUUUCAAGUGAUGAUUUCAAGAUCAACCACCCCAGACCUGAUAAAAAUAGGAAUGAAGCUUCAGGAGUUUUUUACUCAGCAGUUUGAUACCAGCAAACGGGCUUUGUCUACCUGGGGACCUGUUCCUUAUCUUCCUCCUAAGACAGUGGCAAUAGAGAAAAGCUCACACGAGCAAUUGCUGGAUGCAGCCCAUCAUCGCCACUGGCCAGGGGUUUUGAAGGUAGUAUCUGGGGGCCACAUAUCCUUAUUUCAGGUUCCUUUACCAGAAGACGGAAUGCAGUUUGGAGGAUCCAUGAGUUUGCAUGGAAAUCACAUGACACUGGCAUGCUUCCAUGGACCUAAUUUCCGUUCAAAAUCUUGGGCACUGUUUCACCUUGAAGAACCCAACAUUGCAUUUUGGACAGAAGCACAAAAAAUUUGGGAAGAUGGUUCUAGUGAGCAUUCUACUUAUGUUGUACAAACACUGGACUUUCAUUUGGGUCAUAAUACAAUGGUCACCAAACCCUGUGGAGCCCUAGAAAGUCCUAUGGCAACGAUCACCAAGAUAACAAGGCGCCGCCAUGAAAACCCACCACAUGGGGUUGCAAGUGUGAAAGAAUGGUUCAAUUAUGUUACUGCUACAAGGAAUGAAGAACUAAACCUGCUUCGAAACGUUGAUGCUAAUAACACAGAAAGCAGCACAACAGUGAAAAGCUCAAGCUUGUUAAGUGGAUUCAGAGGAGGAUCCAGUUACAACCACGAGACUGAAACCAUCUUUGCAUUACCAAGGAUGCAAUUGGACUUUAAAUCCAUUCAUGUUCAAGAGCCACAGGAACCUUCAUUACAAGACACCAGUGUUAAACCAACGGUGGAGUGCAGUGUAGUAACUGAAUUCACAGACCACAUCUGUGUGACGAUGGAUGCUGAAUUAAUCAUGUUUCUGCAUGACUUGGUGUCUGCUUAUCUUAAAGAAAAAGAAAAAGCCAUCUUUCCACCUCGUAUUUUGUCUACUCGACCAGGACAGAAAAGUCCAGUUAGUGUACUUGAUGAGAGUUCCACUGAGAAAGAUGCAGAAGGAAGCAUUACUUACACUACUGUAGACUGGAGAGAAUUUAUGUGCAAUACUUGGCAUCUGGAACCCACACUUAGAUUAAUCUCUUGGACUGGAAGAAAGAUUGACCCAGUGGGUGUUGAUUACAUUCUUCAAAAAUUGGGCUUUCAUCAUGCCAGGACUACUAUUCCUAAGUGGCUUCAACGGGGCGUAAUGGACCCACUGGACAAAGUUCUGUCAGUCCUUAUAAAAAAACUUGGUACUGCUCUACAGGAUGAAAAAGAAAAAAAAGGAAAAGACAAGGAAGAACACUGAUGAUAUAAUUUGUGACAAAACUAUAUUUCCUUUCUGUCUGAGACUGGUAUUUUAUUGUAUAAUAAGAAUUUAUUUUAAGUAUGAUUUAAAGAGAAACCUAACAGCUUUUUUUGCUACUAUAUUUAAAACUUACAUUGUAAGUGACUGUUUACAGUGGUUUACAAUACCAUUCUGUAUGUGGUAAAGUAUUGCAUGAUUAUGACCAAUGUAUAUUCUGUGAAAGAAUAGGUGAAAUACUGUAAAUCUGCUGUUUAGCAUUAACAGUUUUAUUAUGUGCAAUAUGAUUCGUGCAUCUUUAAAAUAUGUGAAGAUUAACUGUGAAUUUUCAUAACUUUUAUUGGCCAUAACACACAAACCCUUGUUAAUGUGACUGUUAAUGGCUUUUUUUUGUCAGUGUAGACUUGUGUAAAUUCCUGUAUGUAUAUAAUUUAUGGAACUGAUUGUCAUAGUGCUAAAAAUCAUUCUAAGUUUUACACUUGUAAUAAAAAACAGUAACUGUGUUGUAAAAAAAAAUUUAAGUUCCUUAUUCUGAAAAAGUAGCAGUAAGAAGUGUUAGUGGGGCAUGCACACUUGUGUCCCCUAAUUCAAGCACUGGAAAUACGUUACAUUAGAGUUUUAAUUGUACAAGUUCGAAGAAAAAAGUCUGUAGUAUAUAAUGUCUUCAGCUGUAAUUGGAUGGGAACAGGCAGAGCUAGGGGAACAUUCAUUAAUAAUGAAAUAGAAAAAUGACAAGCUAACCAGUGCAAAUCUGAGAGUUUAAUACAGUAAAUAAAAAUCUAUCUUCCACCAGCUGGAAGCCUACAGAAAUCUCUGGAAGCCAUGAUUUUUCAGACACUUUUUAUUUGGUAAGACUUCUAGCACUUGAACAUCACACAUUACUUUGCUCCUCUCAGGAUUACUAAGAACUCUACAUUAUGUUAUAUAUGUGUGUAGUUUAACACUUUUGCUUGCAUCUAUUAUAAUUUUUUAAAGCCCAACAUUCAUUAGUGCAAUGUGAAUAAAGUUAAAAUUAAAUGUCUGUACAUGCACACCCAGCUGUAUAAAAAUAACUCUUCUGGCCA